GGCGUACAAAGUAUGUUCGCCUUAUGCCUUUUAUUCUAUCAGAUAUGGCCCAGUGGCUCAGCUCAUCGAAGCCAGACGCACAAAGUACACAGAUUUUGAGCUGAUCAAAGUAAUCGGACAAGGCGGAUUCGGUCGAGUGGAACUGGCACGUCACAAACGCACGCGUCGUGUCUACGCGAUCAAAAUGAUGAGCAAACAACAUUUGCUGGAUCACAGUCAAUCGGGCUAUUGGGAGGAACGGGACGUGAUGGUUCGAGCCAGUAGUGAAUGGCUUGUGGCCUGUCACCACGCUUUUCUGGACAAAGAGAAUGUCUAUCUAUGCAUGGAGUACAUGCCAGGAGGAGAUCUGUACUAUUGGCUAGAAAAGUAUGACACUUUCAAUGAAACACAAGUUCGAUUCUACUUAUCGGAGACUGUGCUUGCACUAGAGGCGUUGCACAACUUGAAAUUCAUUCAUCGUGAUUUGAAACCAGACAAUAUGCUGUUAGACGCUCGCGGACACCUGAAACUCGCCGACUUCGGAUCCUGCGUCCAGGUUGGUGAAGACGGUUACCACUUCUGCAACUCCCCUAUUGGCACUCCUGAUUACAUCAGUCCCGAAAUGCUAAAUUGCCAGUCGAAACCAGGAAAAAUUGGACCGGAAUGCGAUUGGUGGGCGCUAGGAGUGAUUGCGUUUGAGAUGUUAUUUGGCGAACCAGCAUUCUACGGACAAUCUUUGGUAGAAACCUACAGCCGAAUUCUUAGCCAUGAAAAAUCGCUUACCAUCCCAACCGAUGCAGAUCCUAUCUCCGCUGAUUUGGAGAGCCUUAUAAGAGCACUAUUGAAACCGGCUGCAGCAAGACUGGGUUCGUUAGCGAAAGUUAGAGAGAUAGACUCCUCGUUGAAGGACGUUGCUUCCGCGAUCACCGCAUCUACAAUGCAAGUGAAAUCUCAUCCAUUCUUCCAGUCUGUUGUGUGGCAUCAAGUUCGUUCACAGGAAGCCCCCAUCAAACCGGUAGUCAAUUCUGAGACUGAUACAUCCAANACAUCCAAUAUCAAUUUUGACGAGCGAGACUUAAGCAUCGGCUCUGGAGGUGGUGCUAAACUGCCCCAAAUCAGUGGUGCAUUCGCCCCAAAAAAGCCUUCAGCUCCAGCUUAUUUCACCGGGAACAAUUUGUCUUUUGCUGGUUAUACAUUCAAUCGUGAACAUACCUAUCUCAGAAACACAUUAUCCGCGCCCAGUGCAGACCAGACAAACAACCACGAUUCGGGUAACAAAAGACAGGCUCUUGAAAACGAACUUGCUNAGACAGGCUCUUGA